UAGCUCUCGUUAGCUAUGGCUGCAGAAAGUCUCAACCUACACCUCCUUACUUUAGUUUUGAUGUGCUUGUUAGUGCUUACAAGUUCCACGGACUUCAACUUCCAAGCAGUUUUCAACUUCGGUGACUCCAACUCCGACACUGGAGACCUUGCGGCGGGCCUUGGGUUCCGCCUUGACCUGCCCAAUGGGCAGACUUACUUCAAGACCCCGACGGGUAGAUUCUGUGAUGGCCGCCUCAUCGUCGACUUCCUCAGUAAAAACCCGAACUUUACUCGAGCCACCAAGACUUGCCCUCUCCUCCUCCUCCUCCUCCAAACCUUCACCUUGCUUUCCGUCUGCCCGAUCAUCGCCACUUCGAUCGAAUUCGAUUUCCCGGCUGUUUUCAACUUCGGGGAUUCCAAUUCUGACACGGGCAAUUUGAUUGCGGCAGGGAUCGAAAGCCUCAAACCGCCUAAUGGACAGAGCUAUUUCAGUGCUCCGUCGGGGCGAUACUGUGAUGGCCGUCUCAAUAUUGACUUUCUCAUGGAUGCUAUGGACCUUCCGUUCCUCAAUGCCUAUUUAGACUCUAUGGGGGCGCCUAGUUUCCGAAAAGGCUGCAACUUUGCAGCAGCUGGAUCAACUAUCCUUCCAGCAACAGCAACUUCUGUUAGCCCAUUCUCACUCCGUAUUCAAGUCAAUCAGUUCCUUCGUUUCAAAGCUCGGGUCCUUGAAUUGCUCUCAAAGGGCAAGAAAUUUGAAAAGUAUCUUCCCGCAGAAGAUUACUUCACAAAGGGGCUUUAUAUGUUUGAUAUAGGACAGAACGAUCUUGCCGGUGCUUUUUACUCCAAGUCAUUCGAUCAGAUUGUCGCCUCGUUUCCGACAACUUUGGUAGAAUUCGAAGCUGGCUUCGACACAUUAUAUGACCAAGGGGCUAGAAAUUUCUGGAUACACAACACCGGCCCUCUCGGUUGCUUAACUCAGAAUGUGGCAAAGUUUGGGACUGACCCAUCAAAGCUCGACGAGCAGGGAUGUGUGAGCAAUCACAAUCAGGCUGCGAAGCUCUUCAAUCUGCAGCUUCAUGCCCUCGCCACAAAAUUACGGGGACAGUAUCCUGAUGCAAAUAUCACCUAUGUCGAUAUUUUCUCGAUAAAGUCCAAUCUUAUCGCAGAUUAUUCCCGUUAUGGGUUUGAGCAACCAUUAAUGGCCUGUUGUGGCUAUGGAGGUCCCCCGUUGAAUUAUGAUAGCAGGAUUUCGUGUGGUCAGACAAAGGUUGUCAAUGGAACUUCAAUCACCGCAAAAGCUUGUGAUGAUAGUACCGAACAUAUUAACUGGGACGGGAUUCAUUACACGGAGGCUGCAAAUCAAUUCGUUUCUUCUCAGAUACUAACGGGAAAGUACUCUGAUCCGCCUUUCGCGGACAAAAUGCCUUUCCUUCUUAAGCUUAAGUUCUGAAGGAAGACGAGCUAUUCAAUUAUUUUAUUUGUUUAUUUUUCCACAGUAUGAUGCGAACUUUCCGUAAUUCAUCAAUGUACAAUAUUUUGAUAUGAAAUUUCAUCUCCUACAUAUCUUGAACAGAGCA